AUGCGUCAAGAAGAUCCUGAUGGUUACAAAAACCAUUUGAGAAUGCUCCCAGAAAAAUUUGAUGAAUUGUUAGGAAAAAUUAGGGACAAAAUAACAAAAAAUGAUACUCACAUGCGAAAUGCCAUCCCAUCAAAAACCAAAUUGGAAAUAACAUUAAGAUUUUUAGCUACAGGUGAUUCAUUUGUAUCUUUAGAAGCAUUGUACAGAGUAGGAAAAUCGACGAUUUCACAGUUCAUUCCAAUUGUUUGUAGUGAAAUAGCUACUGCACUAAGGGAUUUUAUUAAAAUUUCUACGAGACAGGAAUAG